AUGAUCUCCAAUUUCAAGCAGAAGUCGGAUGAACCUUUUCAUGAAGCUUGGGAGAGGUACAAGGAGUACCAGAGAGAGUGCCUGCACCAUGGGUUUGACGAUGAUUAUAUAUUGGAGGUAUUCUAUGAUGGAGUGAGCUAUGAGUUUCGAAACACCCUUGAUUCUUCGAGUAAUGGAGACUUCAUGACUCAAACCACCCCUGGUGCGAGAGGAGACGAUCAGCAAGAGGUGAGCUACGUGAAUGGGCAAGGAUGGCUGCUCAAAAACUACCACCCAAACCCUAACGUGAGGAACAACCCACAACUUUUCUGGCCUAAGCAAGACAAACCAGCUGAUCCUGCACAGAGUAACCAAGGUCAGUAUGCCGGGUAUCAAAAGAACUACCAACCCCAGACCUAUGUUCUAAGCCAACCGCAUAACAAUCCACCUCAGAUGCAGAAACACCAAAACACUCAGCCAGCUACCUCCGCUCAUGUCGCUGUUCUGCAAGAUGAGACAAAAACUGCUGAGAGCGUCAAGAGGCAACAAGGUACUCUACCUGGGAAAACCGACAAAACCCCUAAGGAGUGCAAUGCGGUUGAGUUGAGAAGUGGAAAACAACUGUCUAAGCCGGUAAAGAAGAGGUUCACUGCGGCUGAGAAGGGGAAGCAGAAAGAGUCGGAACAACCACCAACCGAUACCCCGACAGCUGAGAAGGAGAGGGAACCAACAGUUGGAACCAAUUCGCCAGGACCAGAACAACCAGCUGAGGCUGUCCGCCCGAUCCCAGAGCCUGUUCCUGCUCGCGAAUACAAUCCUAAAGUCCCUUACCCUGUUCCAGCAAAGGCUACUCGUAAGGACCGAGAGGAGCUGAAGUGCAGAAGUAUGCUGGAGGACCUAACCGUCCGACUCCCCUUGAUGGAUGCGAUCCAGAUGAUGCUCUCCAUUCGCAGCUUUAUGAAGGGAUUGAUCUCAAGAAAAAUAUCAGAGGAGAGCGAAUUCAUGACUGUCUCUAAGGAGUGCAGCGCCGUGCUUCAGAACAGACAGAUAAAGAAGCGAGGAGACCCUGGAAAGUUCGUCCUCUCUAUCCAGAUUGGGAAGACAGUUUUCUCAUGCUCCUUGGUUGAUCUGGGAUCCAGCGUAAACCUCAUGCCCUACUCUGUAGCACGACGUCUGGGAUACACGCAUUUCAAACCAACUAAGAUGUCCUUGGUGUUCGCGGAUAGAUCAGUUAAGUCCCCGGUUGGUAUUCUAGAGGAUCUCCAAGUAAAAGUCGGGAACACCUCUGUUCCAGCAGACUUCGUAGUUCUAGAGCUGGAAGAGGAAUCCAAAGAUCCUCUCAUAUUAGGAAGACCGUUCCUAUGUACUGUUGGAGCCAUCAUUGAUGUGCGGCAAGGGAAUAUUGAUCUCAAUCUGGGGGACAUAACCUUCGAGGUGGAUGAAGGGAUUGAUCCGCUGCAACCUCGUGACGGGAUGAUCGAGGAGAUUCUUGCAAAAGAUCCACUUGAGCUUGCACUAGUAAGAGCUGAGGCCGAGCGGAGUGUCGAGAAAAUUGACGCAGACGGGUAUGCUAAGAUGCUCGACUCCGCAAGGAGUAUGGGAAGAAUGGUGGCGAGUCUAAGUCUGGGGGAAGAAAGCAACAAGGACGAGAACACUCCAACUGAAGCGACCCCUUUACCAAACUCGCUUGUUCCGCCGAACCUACCUGAUGAUCCCUUUGAGCGAGUUGAAGGCUCCCAAGGUUGA